AUGGUUGCAUCGAAAGUUCCCCAGAACCUUUGGCACCGCGACCGUCGAGGCGGAGAUGCUGGCCGAGAGCGUGAGAAAGAUCCAGUUCGUUAUGGCCUUAAUUCCAUGAGCGACUCUGUUAUCGGCCAAGCUGUAGCGAAGCUAAGAUUCACUAAAGAUGGAGCCGGCAAGUAUUCCAAGAAUUCAAUGCAUGCUCAAUCCCUAACAUGGAAGUUCUUUCCAGAGAAAGGCGGCAAUGGCUUCUUUGUCAAUAUUCCUGGCCAAGACAAAGCUAUUAUCUUCACAGCAGGUCAUAACCUAAUGGACGAGAACGGAAAGAGGACCCAAAAUCUCCGAGCCUGGUGGUCUGACCUCGGAGAGCAACACAAAGGGGUGGAGAUCCUGGAGAAUGAUACUCGAGUCAGCAAAGUCUUUUCGACCACGCCUAGCGAAGAGUCUGCCAUUGAUGACUUUGGUAUCAUUAUGAUUCCCAAGAACAACAACCCUCCCCCUCCCAAAACGGCAUUUGGAUUUGCUCUGAGACUUGCUGAGGAGGACAGACUAGAAGGCAUCUGCAAUAUCUCCAGCUAUCUGACGACUGCUAAGACUGGCGAGCCGCCGACGCGCAGUACAGGACGCUUCGUCAAUCCUAUACUGAAACAACAUCAGCUUGAGUAUCUGACGUAUACUGAGGCUGGCGUAAGUGGCUCCGUGGUCUGGACUGGAUACAAUGGAGCUCCUGUAGCAGUGGCUAUUCACAAUUACGGACCUAAGCGAAAGAGUCCAAAGUACGGCAGUCGUGGCUCUCGUAUUGAUAUAAAAAUGAUGCGAGAGAUCAUGGAGUGGACUGGCGUUUACAAAAGGGCCGUUGCCAUCAUAGCCCAGCCACUUGGGAAAAAACAGCCCAUUCCUUCACUGCCCCUCUGCAUGGCCUGGUCCGAACAAGAUAAGGUUCUCCGCGUACACGUCCAAGAUGACGCUGAACCAAUCAUAGAAGAAGCAACAUUCGAAGCCCUCCCAGUCUUUUCUUCCGCAAUGCUCCUUGGAAAAGACCCAAAGGAGGAGAUCGGCUUUGCACAGGUUGAUAAAAGACCCAACGCUGCUAAAGACACUAUGCGCUGGGUCUCGUGGAACAUUGAGUGGAAUAGCGUUAGUUUUGCUAGUGCCCUCAGUAGAGCGCGGUUGGUGAAGUGGGAUGUGAAGGGAAAGAUGGCUGCGAUGACCCUUAACUGGGAUGAUGCAAUUAGAGAGGUUGUGUUUCGUGUUGAUGAUGAGGUUGUCAAGAAGUGGGAACUUGAGCUUCCUGAUACUGAAUACACCGGUAUUGCAUACCAAGAAAAGGGAGAUACAAAAUUUCAGACUACCUAA